GUCAGUGUCAGUCUGAGUCAGUGAGCCGGUCCAAGCUGUGAGCUGAAUUUUUGACAAAUUCAUUCUAUGAGUCAUUUAUAGAUCUGCUCUGGGUUUGAUCUUUAUUUAGUCCUAAUCUGUUUACCUCAGGCAUACUGACUUACUAACCGGAUCGCUUCUAAGACACUGCACCGGGAAGACAAAAGGAGGGAGGGAGGGAUGGAGAGAGAGCGAGAGAGCGAGAGAGAGAGAGAGAGUGAUUGAGCAAGCGCAGCAGGGAGAGAGAAAGAGAUAGCGGAGGAGAGCGGAAAAAAAAAAAAGAAGCAAAAGAGAAGAGGAGAGAGUCGCACAAGGAGAGGGGAGAAUGCUCGGUGCCUGGAUAACACUUCCACGUUCGUAUCCCGGGCCUUUGUGAAUACACCAUGGGAUGCAUCGGCUCCAGGAGACUGACGUCAGAUGGCGUGCCAGUCCAGAAAGAUGGGGAGCAGCAUGGACGUUCUGAGUUUUCAUGGGAUGGAAUCAAUCUGUCUAUGGAAGACACAACGUCAAUCCUCCCGAGGCUCAAGAGGAACUCGAAUCCCUACGGCAUCGGAGCUCUGGCUAAGUCUUCUCUGUCAGGUGUGUCAGGAGUGACCCGAACCAUGAAGGAGAGAGUGACCAAACCCACAGCCAUGGCUCAAGGUCGUGUCGCACACAUGAUCGAAUGGCAGAACUGGGGAAUGCAGACAGUGGGGGCAGGGGGCGUGCUCCAGACUCGCAUGACCACACAGGAGCGUGAAAAAGAGCGGCGGCUGGAAAACGACGCCUACAGUGAUCUUAGCGAUGGGGAGAAGGAGGCCCGCUUUGCUGCAGGUAUCCUCCAGCAGUUUGCAAUCUCAGAGGCAACACUCCUAGCCUGGUCGUCAAUGGAUGGAGACAGCCAACGACUGGGAUCCAACCAGGGCAGCGUGGCUCAUCUGAGUGAGGUCAACCAGGAGAGCAUCACCAGUCGAGAUCAGAUAUUGCAUCACUCGUCAGCAGAGGUGUGGCCUCACACAUACGUGUCCCAGGGCCACUACUGUCUCUCCUCCUCUGAUGCAUGGGACCCCAUCAACAACGACGCCCCUGGCGUGGCCUCCUCCCCGGCGGGCUCCUACGUUAUGGGGGCCAACGGGUUCGACGGGCAGACGGCGGCUCAGCUGCUGUCGCAGCAACAGCAGCAGCAGUUUAGUCUCCAGCAGCAGAGUCAACUCCAGCAGCUGCAGCUGCACCAGCUCCAGCACUACCAGCAGCAGCAGCUCAUGCAGUAUCAGCAACAACAGACUAGCCAACAAAGCGAUAUCCCUCUGUUGUUUCAGUCCCUGGAGCACAGGCUGCACAGCGCAAACCACUCCUUGCAAGCCACCCCCAACAGCACCAUCCACAGUCUAGUUCAUCAGGUUCACCCUCCGCUGGUUGAUUUGUGGAACACAGGACAGAUGGAGGCCUAUCAGGCAGAAGCUGGGGGCUACAUGGGUGUGGCAGCAGUGGUGGAGCCCAGCCUCUGUGUAUCCUCUGGGGACAACAUGGGGGGAACAGAACACUCCCCACUGCUGGAGCAGCAGGAAGAGGAGGAGGUUAAGGAGGAGGAGGUGACAUUGUGCUUGGAGCCAGAGCCGGCCACACUGACUCCACCCACGUACCAACAAGGGGAUGCCUCAGGAGGCAGUAGUCCAGGGCAACCGCCAGCAGAGCCAAUCACAGAGCGGAAGGCCUCCGAUGUCAGCAUGGGUCUCAUUCAGACGCUAGAGGAGAAGGAAGAAGAGGAGAUGGAGGAGGAGAAAGGGCCGGUCGCUUCCAUGGCAACCAACUGAGUUUCUGGCCGUUUAAGACACUCAUUAUCACAAACUGACCAAAGUGAGCGUCGGCCAGGAAUGAACAUAACAAUACAAUAUAUAUCUUUUAAUCUGUUCCUUUUCAGGUACCAUGAACACGAGACAAAUGAUUAAAAAUGGGGAGAAACAGAUUUGGAAGUGGUGUCAUGAACUGAUGCAACAAAGGACCCCUGUUUCUUUGACAGCCUUACAUCCCAAAGGUUAAAGAGGAGAAAGAGAAGGAGAGAGGAAGUAGGAACUGAAGAGAGGAAGGAGGAGGAGGAGGAGUAGGAGGAGGAGGAGGAGGACCAUCAACAGACAGACUUUUCCUUCAGAGGAGUGAGACCUCGCUGCAUGCAUGCUUUUAUGAUGACGAGCGACUCCACCCCGCCUUCAUCAGUGAUAAAGAAAAAUCUAAGAUGAGUAAAAAAAAAAAAAAUAAGAAGAAGAAUUUUGUAAUAAAGAAAAUAAGGAAAAGUCAAUGUAUAAGAUUAACACAACAGUUUUCCUACAGGAGAACAUCUUUGUUUACAGCUGUUCCUCCACACACAGUAUUACACAGUGGUCAACCAAAUCCAUUUCCUGGUUCUGUCCCACACACACACACACACACACACGGUGUCCUUUCACAUUAAAACUCAUGUGGAAUUAAAUGAGGUCGAGGGAAUUCCAGAAUAUUUUGGUGAAAUGCAGUGAAACCCUGUGUGUGACGCUGCUGCACCAGGAGGCCUGAGGCACAACCCAGGGACUGUCCUGUCCCGUCCCGUCCAGUCCCAGCGAUGGUACACACUGAACAUGCAUAUAGGGAUUGUACUGUAAAGAUAUGUGUGCUUCCUACUCCCUCUCUUUGUAUGCAUGUUUCCUCACCAUACUAUGGAGUACCUGUACUAUACCACUCUGUUUGGACUUUGCACUGAACCGUAGUAUGCGGGGGGGUCAGGUGUGGUCCGAGGGGGGGGCCACAGUGGACCUACGAUUGAGCACGAGCUGAGAGGAGAAAGAAAGAAGAAGAAGAAAACAACAGAGCUGCAUUAACAAUUCUCUUUUGCACUGAUGCGACCCAGCAGAUCAGAGGUCGCCUUUGAACUGUUGACGACCCCUCAGUCCCUGAACGCUCUCAGAGCCACGGGUCAACGCUGACCCACUGUUGCUUCUUCUCCACUCACGUGGGUGUGAUCGAUCGACCUGUCGUGAAUGUACGGGGGGACAAACUUCUUCUCAACGUUCUCAAACUGAGGGGCGCAGAACAAAUGUCUAGAAAGUUCUGUGACUGCCUGCUCACUGAUUGGACACUGCACUUAAACACACACACACACACACGCUGUCACGUCACAUCCGUUUGACCUUCCUUCAGCCUUGAGAUGCAAACCUUGAGCAGAACAGCUCCGUCCCUGACUUUUCCUUUCGUUUGACUUCAUUUUUGCUGACGCUGAUUAAAAAAAAAACAAAAAACUUUAUAACUGACAA